CAUAGCUAAUAAAUAUGGCGUUCUCCCAGUCAGUUAGAAAAGGUCAGGUUCCUGUAAAUUGUAAAUUAUGUGAAUCAGAUAGACUAAUACAAUGGAAAUGUAUGGACUGCAGUCUGCUGUUGUGUGGUCAUUGCAAGGACAAUGUACAUUCCAAAUUCAAAAAUGCCCAAGAUCAUAGGAUCAUCAGUACAAAAGAGGUUGAACUGCAUACUGAAAAAAUAGAUAUUACCAAUAUUAAGUGUCAAGAACAUGCUGGACUAUCAUCAUGUCUUUACUGUAAUACAUGUGACAUCCUCGUGUGUCCAACCUGUAUUGCUAAAGUUCAUAAAAAGCAUGAUUUUAUUGAAAUCCGUGAUGCAUACAACAUGAAAGUAGAAAGACUGGAAAAAAGUCAAAGUAAAAUGAAAAAGAGUAGUUCUAAAAUGAAUGCAAUGAAAACUGAACUCAACAAAGUAGUGUCAGCGGAAAAUUUAAAGUAUUCACAAGUAAGACAAACUAUUCUUAGUCAUGAGAAAGGAGUUAAAGAACAAGUUGAUAACUAUUUUAAAGAACUUAUAGAUACAUUGGAUCAAAAUCAUGAAACAGUUUUGAUAUCAGUUAAGUCAGAUCUUAAUAAUAUAUUAAAUUUCACAAACCAGACAGAGGACAAAAUCAAUGAAGUCCAAAACUUUAUUGAAAUUUCCGAUGCUACUGAAUUCUUCAAAGGGGUUAAUAUGAUGCAGAUAUCUACUGAAACCAAAGAACCACAAACAAAGCCAAGCUAUAGAUUUUCGCCAAAAUUUGUUCCUGGUAGUUUUACCCAAUCAGACAUUGGAUCAUUUAAAGAUGAUGGGAGUUUGUCGGCAGAAAUAAACAUCUCCUUAGUGAUCAAUAAUGAGUACCACACUGAACUUGAGUCGAUAUCAUACGUUAGUCCAUGCCUUGACCGGUCAUUUUGGUUAAGUUCCGGCUCUCAUGGAAUGUUACAGAGAGUAAAACCGGAAGAAACCAAUCUGAAGGUAAUAUCUAAAUUUAACAUUAAAGUGUAUGGAAUAGCAGUUACCCCAUCUAAUCAACUCCUUAUUAGUAUGGAAGGGAAAACGAGGUUACAACAAAUCAGCAAUGCAGGUGAACUGGUUGAUUCUGUCUAUGAUGUCAACCCAUUUUUCCCUAUAGCAAUCCAUGUUAUCAGUGGCAGUAAACUCCUAGUAGGAGCUUAUAGUGAUGAACAAAGAAGCUCUGUGAUCAUAAUGAACAAAAAAGGAGACAAGGAAUUUGUAUAUAAACAUGAUCAACAUAGUCCUACUUUAAUUACUGUUCCGAAACGCAUAACGAGUACCAAUAAUGGAAAUAUACAUGUAGUGGAUCAGAUUUCAGAAGACUUCAGUGGAAAAGUUGUGGUCUUAGGACAUGAUGGACAUCUAAUUUACAAGUACUCAGGUCUUUCAGCUACCAAUAAGACUUCACCAUUUAAACCACGACAUAUUGUGACAACACCAAGUGACAAUGUUGUUGUGAUUGAUCGGGAUAUUCCAAUCUUGCACAUCCUAAAUAACAAUGGUAAUUUUAUUUCAUAUUUCAAUACUGAGGAAAUAGGAAUACAAUUUCCAUAUUCGCUUGCCUUCAACACGACGGGACACCUAUACAUAGGAUGCACUAAGGGUCCAGGUCAUAAAUCUACAGAAGCAAAGCUGUAUGAAACAAACAUUGCAGGAUUCUGAAAUAUUCAAACUUUUUCUGGAACGGAGACAUGUAAAAUAAGAGCAUGUUUGUUGUAAUUCACAAAUGAUCAUUUGACAAAUGAACUAAAAUUAUAGAAAAAUUAACGUAUAGCCAUGAUGAGACAUGUAUAUUUUGAACAAUUAUAGGAAACAAAUUCCUUUCUAUAGUAACACUAUGUUUUCAUUUUUUUUAAACUAACUUUCAGGCAUAACAUAUUACAUUACAUUUACAAUGAAUAAUCAAAGUCAGCCAAAUCAGUUUUAGCAAUAUGAAAUUAAAAUUAUUGAUUUUUGCCGAAUAUUUGAAUCAGGAACGCAAUCACAUAAAAAAAACAAAAAGAUAUCUUAAAUUCUUUCCUCCCAAGAACUAGCGUUCAGCACCGGUUUUUAAUUGCUAUGGUUUAUUUUGCUUCUUUUUGUUUUGUUUUUCAAAUCCUUGAAAAUUUUACAGACACUUUUAACCACUCCUCUUUUUAUAUAAUUUUGGAAAGAUCUUAAGUAUGAACGCGUUCGAAAUAAGAACUACCAUACAAUUUUUGUGGUGUCUUAAUUUUCGCUAUACUUUUACAAUCAAUAUCAGAUCCAAAAACUAAAACUGUCCGCAUCUAAAAUGUAUUGACAUUUUAGUAUCCUAGUGACUGACAUGCAUGAAUUCAAAGAAGCUGAUAAUAUAAAUAUUUUUUUCAAGUGUUAACUCAGACGCAUUUACAUCUCAAAUAAAUGCAUAUUUGCAUAUCAAGAACCAACAGCAUAUUAAGUGUCAUAUAUUCAAAUCAAGAUCUGCGGCGAGAAGUUGCAAUGACAAGGUAGAAGAUGGAUAGGGCCAACAUUUUCUAACAUAAAUAUGGCAUGACUUAAGAAAACAUCUAUGGAUAUAAAAUAUCCUAACCUCAAGCUCAUUUUUAUAUAAGAAUGUAACGUUCUACCAACUUUCUUGUAGAUACGAUUAACCAUCUUUAAAUCGUGGACCCAUCAUGUUGCUCGUGUAAGUACAAACCCGGUGAUAAGUCUAAUUCGGUUAGUCAUUCAAGGAAAAGAGGACGGGGUUGUGGUUACGAAAAUUGGAACAUAUCCGUCGUCAUCUGUGAAAUAGAUAUUCAAUAACGGUCAACAAACUCGUGAUGGCGUCCGUAAAAUUUUUGAAAGGAUGAUUUCAACUUCGCCACUUUGUUCAAUAGCUUCCUAGUAAGCAGCAACCCUCUAUGAAAGAAUAUAGGUUAACAUAUCAAUGGCUCGUAAUUGCAUCACAUAAUUAUCUCAGUUAACAUGUUUAAAUAUAUUGUUGACUAGAUAUAAGAAGAUGUGGUAUGAGUGCCAAUGAGACAACACUCCAUCCAAGUCAAAAUUUAUAAAAGUAAAUCAUUAUAGGUCAAAGUACGAUCUUCAACACGGAGCCUUGGCUCACACCGAACAGCAAGCUAUAAAGGGCUCCAAAAAUAACUAGUGUAAAACCACUCAAACGGGAAAACCAACGGUCUAAUCUAUAUAAAAAACGAGAAUCGCGAAACACUUACGAACCACAUCAACAAACGACAACUACUGAACAUCAGAUUCCUGACUUAGGACAGGUGCAAACAACUGCAGCGGGUUUAAACGUUUUAAUGGUACCAAACCUUCACCCUCAUCUGAAACAAUAGUGUAACAUCACAACAAAGAAAGACACACUAUAAGUUAUGAGUAAUUUCAAUAUAAUAAUUACUAUUUAUAUUAAAUAACGAGUUGUUAAACAUAUUUCUCUUAUGGUCAACACUUUUAUUGAGUUGAAUAUAAAAAUUCCACGAAUCGUAAAUCUAAUAUUUCGUACAUACCAGCAUAACGUCAUAUUUAGCUCUAAAAUCGCUCAACCUGCAACUAAUUGCAACACAAGGUUUUUUUAGUGCAAAUUAUAAUACAGACUUGUACUAACAACAUACUAAAACUAUACAUUGAUAUAAUUUGCGGAAAAGGUUUUUUUGGGGUGAAAUAUGUGGUUUUUAGAGAAAAAAUGCUGAAAACUGGAAAAGAAGAAAAAUUGUUAUUUAUGGUUACAUUUUUAGACCUAAAGCUUGUUGAAGACAGGAAACCUUAUCUUAAUAGAGUAUUAUGUAGUCCUCUAGUUAUUAUUAUUCAUAUUGAAGUAAUUUUGAGGUGAAAUGAGUGAUUUUUAGUGAAAAAAACACUGAAAACUGGAAACGUAGAAAAUCUCCGUUGUUAAUGGUUAAUAUUUUUGAAAUUUGAUCUAUAUAGAAAAGGGACAUACUAUUUUAUGUUUUAUUUGUGAAGUCCUUUAGUUAUCAAUAUUAAUAUUUGGGUAAUUUUGGUUGAAUAUAUGUUUUAAGACCGAAAACCCGGAAAACUGGAAAUGAAGAUAUCUCGGUUAUUGAUGGUUAAAACUUUCAAAUUGGAAUCUUAUCAGAAAAUAGAGAAUACUAUCCGAUGUUUAUCUUAAGAAGUCCUAUAGUUAUUAGUAUUUAAAAAAUUGUAAUUCUUGUGUAAAAUGUGAUUUGUAGAGAAAAAUUGUGAAAAAUGGAAAUAAAAAACUCGAUUAUU